CUCUUCUCUGCUUCCCUUUGUUCUUCUGAUCGUUCGAGUGCCAGUAGUCGGCGCGCGGGAUGGCGAGCAACUCCGGCAGCGGGGCGGCGGAGGAUGGCAGCUACGAGUACGAGGAGGAGUUCGUGAACAACGCUCGGGGGAUGAAGCUCUUCACCUGCCGGUGGCUCCCCCCCAAGGGCCAGACGAUCAAGGGCCAAGUCUUCAUCUGCCACGGGUACGCGGUGGAGUGCAGCGUGACGAUGCGUGGGACGGGGACGCGGCUGGCGCAGGCCGGGUACGCCGUGUACGGGGUGGACUUCGAGGGCCACGGCCGGUCGGAGGGGCUCCAGGGCUACGUUCCCUCCUUCGACGUCCUCGUCGCCGACUGCGACGCCUUCUUCGCCGCCGUCGUGGCAUCCACCGCCAACACCGACCUCCCGCGGUUCCUGCUCGGCGAGUCCAUGGGCGGCGCCGUCGCGCUGCUCCUCCACCGCGCCCGCCCCUCCUACUGGACCGGCGCCGUCCUGGUGGCGCCCAUGUGCAAGAUCGCCGAUGAGAUGAGGCCGCACCCCGUGGUGGUCAGCGUCCUCAAGGCCAUGACCAGCAUCAUCCCGACGUGGAAGAUCGUGCCGACGGCCGACGUCAUCGACGCCGCCUACAGGAUGCAGGAGAAGCGCGACGAGAUCAGGAACAACCCCUACUGCUACCAGGGCAAGCCGCGCCUCAAGACCGCCUACGAGCUCCUCAGGGUCAGCCUCAACCUCGAGAACAACGUGCUAUCAAAGGUUUCGUUGCCGUUCCUGAUCGUCCAUGGUGGGGACGACAAGGUGACGGAUCCGUCCAUCAGCGACCUCCUCUACCGGUCAGCGGCGAGCCAGGACAAGAAGCUCAACCUCUACCCGGGCAUGUGGCACGCCCUCACAUCCGGCGAGACCCCCGAAAACAUCCACACGGUUUUUCAAGACAUCAUCGCGUGGCUAGACGAGAGAUCCUCCUCGACGAAAUCAUCCGCCGCGGCCAUGGACAUCUCAUCGGAGAUGGAACAGAAGGCCAAGCACGAUGAGCAGCAUUUCGACAAACUAUAGUACCACAGAUGGUUACGGUGAGCAGCAUGCAUGCAUGGUUAACUGGGACUUCGAAUCAAAUCAGAGCAAAUCCAUGGGAACUGGCUAGCUACACAAAGUGUGGUGGAUUAAUUAAUUGUACUAAUUGGCUAGCUAGUUCAGCAAUUCAUUUCUUACUACUGUGGUGUACCAGUACCAUGUAACCUGUAUCAUAUACUGUUCAAUUAUACAAAAUAUCUUCAUCGUCAA